AUGCUAAAACAUGCAGAAGCUAUGAGCCACACAAGCUCAAGAGAUAGCAGAAGAAAGCUCCAAGAAGACUACAACCGAGUCGCAGGAGCCUAUAAAUCUGCCGCUGUUGCCGACAAGGACGACUGGAAAAAGUCCGUGAAUUCACUUGAUUACGAAGAAAUCGAGCCUCGCUCCUAUGAGCGGAUCAAGGGCUCCUCGCUCAAAGUGAAGUCGAUGGAGAAUAAUUUACAGAAAGUGGGAGUUCCGAAGGCUGUGUGGGAGCAACCGGGGCGAAAAUCGAUGAAUGUGUACAACGCGCACACGGCCUCCGAAAUGGGCUAUCCUCAUUCUAGCGAGCCGCAGAAGUCAACCGGCGCAGAGCCACUUCCUAAAUACUACUUGACAAGGGACAAGGUCGGAAUGCGCAAACCUGCGGGAUUUUUAUAG